AUGGUCACAUGUUGUUCCCAUCUAUGGUGACAUUUCUAGAAAAUGAUUUUAUUCACGUAUUACUCACUUGUUACUUCCCACUUCUGGAUUUUGGUGGUCAAUGGUCACAGUGACCCAGUGUUCGUCCCAUUCUUGUAAAUUUGACUGGUUGGCAGAGGCAUACAACUGUUAAGUGGUAAUUCUAGUUCAAGCGUAUUUACGGGAAUUUUCCAGAGUUUGCAACCACAUUAUGUAGCUGAACUGUGGAAUGUUGGCCAUGUAUAAGGGGAGAUACUGGUCUCUAUUGGAAUACAUUCCCACUGGCAGCCUGUCCACUGUACCCUGCUUUUCUCCCACUGCAUGCUGGGAUGUGCUCCAGCUCCCUUUUUUCAAGAAGAUAUUUUGACUUGUGACAGAAAAUAUACCCAGGUCAUCAAUUGGCUGCAUAGCCUGGUCUUGUUUUUCCAACUGCACUCACCCCCAUACCUCCACUUCAAGCUUCUUCUGCUGUUAGUACCUCAUAAAAGCAUGCUAUCAGAAUGCAUAGUUUCCAUGAUCACCGCUUUUCUUCCACCUCUUGCUUUUUAUCCCUUCAUCCCUCCAUUCUGCACUCUUCCUACCAGUCAUGUCUCUGUUUGCUUCUGCUUUUUUCUACCUUAUUUGUCCAACAGCUGUGCUCUGUCUUCGUCUGCCUCUGUCUCUCAGCCUCAUCCUUAUUUACAAAGACGUAUAUUUUCCACAUCUUGCUUCAUGCACUCAACAGUCGAAUGAUGUCUUUGGUAUAUGUGUGAAAGGCUCAUUGUUACAUUCAACAAAGGAUUUUUGUCUCUUUGUUAACGCAACAGAAAUGUGCUCAUUGGUGAUGUCAUUUUUUUCCAGUCACAAUUUCUCCCUCUCUACAUGUACACAUAUGCACACACAUUGGCUUUCUUUCUGUUUGAUUAGUCAGCAGUCGCUAGUAUCCGUCAGUAGAACAAUAUGACGGGGAAACAAACAGGUCACCCCUCCCUCUUCCACAGUCGACUGGUUUGCAGUGAAUGAGCAAAUGAAUGAGACUAGUAUGAGGAGAGGGAGGGGACUGUGUAAUGCGUCAUCGGCUGGCAGGGGCUCAUUUAAGCAGCUGUAGAGCAGAGGGAUAGGGUGAGCUCUGAAGAGACUGAAUGACAUUUUCAGAUCUCCACACCCAAAAAUCUGGAAAAUUCCUUCAGCUUGCAGGAUGCUGCGGAGCUAUUCCACCGAAACCAAUUGAGGGAGGCAGGAAAAGUCUGAAUAUUAAUGGAGUGUUGCAGCAGCUGAUCAGCAGAAACUGAUCAGAUAACCUUGGAAUGUGGGUUAGGAGGUGCUGACUAAGGUCACUUUAAUAUAGGGUAGUGUAUCUCUAACAUUGUGGCCCAGUUCACUGUGAAGAUAAAAGAAGGUCCACGUGUACAGAGCCAGAGCUGGAAAAAAGCCAAACUGUUUCCUGUCUGGGAGCAUCUGUUGUUUCCUGCUCACCUAUCAUCCUGGGGAAGGCAACGCUUCUCCGACCCUCCCGAUUCCCCCCUUCCUCAUCUUUAUCAUCAUCAUCAUCGUCCUCGCCACCGUUAAAGUCUGUUUCAGCAUCCAGUCGUGCCCUGACUUCAGGUAUCAGGUGGAAAAGGUUUUGGCUCUCGGGAUCGCCCAUCAUGCACAUCAAGACCACCAAGAGUAACCACUACUGCCUGGUCGCCUCAGUGACUAACCAGGAAGUGUUCAACCAUCCUGAGGCACAGGCUACCUUUGAGGCCUUGUUCCAUUCUUUUGACCCAGAAGUACAGUUUCAGUACUUCAAGUCUUUCCGGCGGGUCAGGAUCAGUUUCAGUGAUGCUGUGGCUGCUGCUGAGGCACGACUGCGACUGAAUAAGACUGACUUUGGUGGCAAAGAGAUAAGACUCUACUUUGCCCAGUCUGUUCACAUAGGGAGUCCUAGGCUGGAGCCUCCCAAGCCAGAGAAGCAGUUCCUGAUCUCCCCCCCUGCAUCCCCUCCAGUUGGCUGGGAACAGUCUCAGGACGCUACACCAGUCAUCAACUAUGACCUGCUGUGUGCUAUCUCAAAACUAGCACCAGGGGAGAAGUAUGAACUCCACACUGCCACACCCACCACCCCCAGUGUAGUCAUCCAUGUCUGCGAGGAUGAGCGCAGUGACAGCUUCGCCCCCGACAACAGCGAUCAUGACGACAAGCCCCACUCCCCGCGGCCGAAAAUCAUUCAGACGCGACGUCCUGACUACACCCCAGGGGUCAAGCAGUGAGCGACAACAAGCUGCAACAUCUUACCCUGAAGAGAAUGGUCAAGAGCUGAGUAGCUCGCAUACCUUUGAAUGUCUGGGGACUUUGGAAAGGUGCCUGCCAUGUCCUGUACACAAGGGUUUCAUAGACAGAGGAAGAAAACAUUGUCAAAUACUGCAUUCAUGUCCCAUGGGAAAAAUGGGAGAUGUGUUUAAGAUACCAAGAGACUCUGGAGAUUUGGUUUGCAGUGAUAUUUUGUACGACUAACUUGAUGAUUUGUGAGAGAAAGUCUGUUUAAGGUGAUCCGAGUAAUUAGAUGUUUUUCCCCGCCGGCAUGAAUGCAGCAUCAUUCUGACGAGCCAUGUUUGUGUUUUCCUCAUGUAGAGUUUGGAAUUUAACGGACAGUCUGAAAAGGGAAACAAAACAUGUAAUGGAUUUAUUUUAAACAUGGGUUUCUGACUGUUGGGUUUUUCUAGGGUGCUAUAUAUUUAUGUUAGUCAGCUGUGGAUGUUGAAGAGCUACUACUCAACUGCUGGCAUGUGCUUUUUCUGAUCCCAUUUGUGUGGUCAUUACUGUAAUGUUUGUCUCAUCUUCUGUUGUCUCAGAAAGCACCUUAUAGACAUUUUAUAGACAGGCUUUGGUAUGUAUGGCUUACAUUAAAAAUUAUGUGAAGGAAAUCCUGUUUAUUUAUGUAAAGUUAAUUAACCUCUUCACUAGCUUCCUUGGUUAACCUAACUUAGCUAAUUCAGUACGUUCGUUACGUUAGCAUUUUCUUGUGAAACAGGUCACAUUCUGCUAUCUGUGUUGUUACCAUUCACAAGAAUUACUCAAAGUUGGAGCCUAUUUCAAGUAUUAUUUUUGGAGGCUAACCUUAUCGAUAGCUGUAACAACCGUCCUGAAUUGGCAGUACAGAGAAAUGUCCAAUCAGGUGUUUGAUUAGCUUGGUGACACAAAGGUUCGUCCAAACACUGACUGUUGAUUGACAGGUCAUUCCUGUUGCCAGCUUACGUUUCAUUUUGAGAUCAAGUUACCUUUCUGUUAUUUUUCAGUGCAUAUAACUCACUGAUGUCUCCUUUUUACAGUGGGUCAUCUUAGGCUCUGCAAAAACAUUUAGAACUGCACCUAAGCCUUUCUGUGAUAGGGAAAGCCCCACUUGGAGGUUAAAAAAAUACAGGGCUAUCUUUAGCUCAUAGUCUGGCUAAACAGUGUUCUCAAAAAUGUUUUGUGGGAAAAUACAAUGGUAGCACUGUUACUUAACUUAUGACUCAGGGCCACUUCUAGUGGGUCCCCAUUCAGUAAAAGUGCUUGUAUGUUUUAAGGAGAUUUGUGUGUUAUCUGUCAUUAAUGUCUUGCUGUAUACAUACAAAGGUUUUUAGCAUGUGUAAUGAUUGUACAUAGGAAAAUAUGCACCACAAGCAUGUGUAUGUGUGGCUGACUGUUAGGUUUGUUCAGAGAGGUGUUAACCGUUUCCCAUUAGCAGUGGAGCUGCCAGCCUGCUGCACACACUGUUGAACUGUUCUCUUCAGUGUUACUUCACAGGUAGGUCUGUGCUGUGCAAGCAUGUCACACAGUAGAUCCUAAAAAUGCUCAUCACCAGUAUAAUGCAGUGUUGUUAGACAACUUUUUUUUUUUAUAUAUGUAGGUGGAAACACACCUCAGAAGGUUAUAGGAAUCCCCAGUGUUAACAUUUUUGUCCAUUAUUAAAUGUAUUCUGCAAAUUGCCUUUAGCUUUUCUACUAUAUUCUCACCAUCUGUUGCUUAAUGACAUUCAAGCUAGGUCUUAAUAGUCUGAGAGUCACCUCAACAAAAUAUUGGGUAUAAAAAUGGAAAGACCUGCCUCCUCACAUUCACAAAACAGUUUGUCAAAUUUCUCUGUGUCCUAUGAAUUUGGAGCUGAACAAAACUUAAAACUGGUUGACUGGAUUGCCAACUGCCCUGGGUUUUCCUAGAUACACGGGGCCAAAGGCUCCAGGUUCACUGUUUGCUAAUUGAUUUGUGGUAAUUUAAUAAACUGGAAAUGUGCUUA